AGUUUGUAUCCAAAUUGAAUUUUGGGAUUUCGUCUAUUUAUUAGGAAAAAAUCGCACACACUGUUUUAUCGAAAUUCAUCAACAAAUAAAAGGCAUACACAAACGCCGCAAGAAACUGCCCACUCAUCAAAAGGUGGGAGACUAAAAAAAAGGGCUCCGGCGUUUGAUUCUCUGAAGAAAAGGAGAAGUUGUGAUUUUAACAUCGAUGGCUGUUAAAGGGCUGGUGGUCUACCUGCUGACGGCCUUCUCUUUGGCUGUUGCUUCCGUCUAUUUCGUCAACAAUUAUGCAAAUGGUGGUGAUGCAAAACCGUUACUUCUUUCAUCUUCCACAUCCAAUGCUUUGCACCACAAUCUUGAAUCUGAAGACCAUGUUUGGCCUGAAUUGGAGUUUGGUUGGAGGGUUGUUUUGGCGACCGUAAUUGGGUUCUUGGGUUCAGCCUGUGGAACAGUGGGUGGUGUUGGUGGGGGUGGCAUUUUUGUCCCCAUGCUCACUCUGAUUGUUGGCUUUGACACCAAGUCUGCUGCUGCCAUUUCCAAGUGCAUGAUCAUGGGGGCAUCUGCAUCUUCUGUUUGGUACAACUUGAGGGUGCCUCAUCCAUGCAGAGAAGUGCCCAUACUUGAUUAUGAUUUGGCUCUCUUGUUUCAGCCGAUGCUCAUGCUUGGCAUCACCCUUGGUGUCUCUUUGAGUGUUGUCUUCCCCUAUUGGCUAAUUACAGUCUUAAUCAUCAUUUUGUUCUUAGGGACUUCUUCUAGAUCCUUUUGCAAGGCGAUUGGGAUGUGGAAGGAGGAAACUAUGCUAAAGAAAUCCAUGGAAGACCGACGAGGAUUUGCUAGUUCGCGUGGAGAAUUGCUAAUUGAUGCGUAUGAGCCGUUGGUGCCUAAAGAACAAAAAACAGCACCGCAAAUUAUGAAGGAUAACACGGACAUCAAGAGAAUGUCGGUGUUGGUACUUGUAUGGAUUUGUUUCUUGCUUCUUCAAGUGAUCAAGAAUGGCACGGCUGCUUGUAGUCCUGUAUAUUGGACGCUUACCUUGUUACAGCUCCCGGUGGCGCUUGUUGUGUUUGGCUAUGAAUGCGUCAAACUGUACAAGGAAAGCAAAAAAAGGAGGAUGGCUGGAAUUCAAGAACAUGUAUGCGAGGCAGCAAUCGAAUGGAAUGCUACAAAUAUCACCUUCUGUGCCCUCUGUGGUGUAUUGGGAGGUACCGUUGGUGGACUGUUAGGAUCUGGUGGAGGUUUUAUUCUCGGACCCCUCUUGCUCGAGAUUGGGGUGAUCCCUCAGGUUGCUAGUGCGACGGCAACGUUUGUGAUGAUGUUCUCCUCAUCUCUAUCGGUGGUGGAGUUUUAUCUUCUCAAGAGAUUUCCAAUGCCAUAUGCCCUGUAUCUGAUGGCAGUGUCGAUCUUGGCGGGCUUCUGGGGUCAAUAUUUCAUACGAAAGAUGAUCACCAUCCUGAAAAGGGCUUCCCUCAUCGUGUUCGUCCUCUCCGGUGUCAUUUUCGCUAGUGCUCUCACAAUGGGUGUGAUCGGGAUCGAUAAAAGCGUGAAGAUGAUACACAAUCACGAGUUCAUGGGGUUCUUAGAUUUUUGCAGCAGCCAAUGAAUUUUAGUUAGAUGCAAGAAAAUACCUAGAGACUAAGUUCUUGCUGUGAGCCAAGUGUUGGUCAGUGCCUAAUUGACCACCUCUCCCCAAAAUUCUUGCUCUAUAAAUUUGUGUGGUGUGUUUUGGUCAAUGCCUAGUUGACCAUCUCUCCAGAAUUCUUGUUUUUGUGUGUGGUGUGGUGUGGUGUGUUGGUCAAUGCCUAAUUGACCAACAAUCCUUGCUUCUCAAAAAUAAAUGCUUCAUUUCUGUCUA